AACAUUUACUCACCAAAAUUUAUAUAGAAAAUUAUUUUUGACCUUUGCUCUGAAUUCUUUAGUAACGCUAAAAAUGGCUUUUGGACCGCCCAAACGACGUCUACUGAUAUUCGAUUUCGACGAGACUUUGACUUCGAUGGAUUCCACUUGUCUUUUGCGCGAUUUGCUGCCGGUGUAUCGACGUCCCAAGGAAAUAAACGAGUUAAAAGGAGGAAGGAUUGCAUACUUGAACACAUUAUUUACAGAAUUACGUGCAGCAGGUUACUCAUCGACCGAACUACGUCGCCUAAUAGCAGGCAUACCGCCAGUGCCGAGCAUUGUGGACUUUAUAAAACAUCUCUACGAAUCAUGUGAUCCAAAAUACGAUAUUAUUAUUAUCAGCGACUGCAGCAGCAUUUUUAUCAACGAUUGGCUCGCCAAUCAUCAACUGACCGAGUGUAUCAAAGAGAUUUUCACUAAUCCAUCGUUUGUUGUUUCCAGUGAUGGUAUGCGAGUGGAGGCGAUGCAACGAGCCAAAUGUCCGCUGAGCCCACCAAACCUUUGCAAACGCAGUAUUUUGGAAAGAUAUCUGACAAAGCGCCAGGCGAUGGGUGUAACUUACGACCGUGUGAUUUUCGUGGCCGAUGGCGCGCACGACUAUUGUCCCACGUUGGUCAUGCGUCGGGAUGACAUUGUGUGCGCACGGAAAGGAAAGGAUCUUGAGAAGAAAAUACGUUGCUAUCGCAGAAAGUGCAAGGUGAGACCGCUUGUGCUGUUGUGGAGUACCGGGCAUGGGCUGCUGACGCUCUUGGAGUCUGCUCUAGAUUGUGUGACUAUUUCAAGCAUAUAAACCCGGUUGAAAUAGUUUUAAAUAAAACUGGUGCGAUUUUUUUAAUUGUAAAAAUUAUAGACACACACAAAUACAAAGGAUACAGUGAGCAAAAGGAAACAAAUACGUACAGUAGUUACAACAAAUAGUGUUAUUGUUAAAAAUUCUUAAUACCAAUUCCAAUUUCACAUU